AUGGCACCAACAACAGCGCGCAGGCGACCAGCCGCCUUCCUCCUCCUCGCGUCGCUCCUCGUCGCCCUCGUCUCGGUCCUCCCCUCCGCGUCGGCGGCCUCGCUCCUCGCGAUAGACUACGGCACAGACUCGUUCAAGGCCUCGCUCGUCAAGCCCGGCGUCCCCUUCGACGUCCUCCUCACCAAAGAGGGCCGCCGCAAGACCCAGGCCAUCGUUACCUACCGCGGCGACGAGCGCUUUGUCGGUGGCGACGCGGAGGGCCUCGCCACCCGCUUCCCGCAAGACACGCUCCACUCGGCCAAGCUCCUCCUCGCGCACCCGCCCUCGCACCCGCAAGCCCAGCUCCACUCGGCCCUGUACGACCUCCCGCAGACCACCACGGCCCGCUCGUCGCCCGCUGUCACCCUCGGCACCGGCAGCAAGCGCAGCACCAUCCCCGUCGAGGAGGCCCUCGCCUUCCAGUUCGUCUACGCCAAGGAGCUCGCCGAGGACGCCGCGCGCGAGCCCGUCCGCGACACGGUCGUCACCGUGCCCGGCUGGUUCGCCGACAAGGAGCGUCGGGCCAUCAUGGACGCGGCCGACGUCGCCGGGCUCCGGGUCGUCGGGCUCGUCAAUGACGGCGCGGCCGCUGCCGUCAACUACGCCAUGGGCCGCACCUUCCCGGCCUUGCCGACCUACCACCUCAUCUACGACCUCGGCUCGGGCUCGCUCCGAGUCUCGCUCGUCUCGCUCAAGUCGGCCCUCCUCCCCGACCCGCACUCGCUGUCGGACCCGCCUCAGAUGAAGAACGUGACGGCCCUCACCGUCCACGGCUUCGCGUACGACCUCGAGGUCGGCGGCUACGUGUUCGACCGCAUCGUGCGCGACCUGCUCGUCGAGGCGUUCAACGACACGGUCGGCAAGCAGCUCGCCCAGGGCAAGAAGGUGACCGACGACAAGCGCGCCAUGGCCAAGCUCCUCAAGGAGGCGACUCGCGUCAAGCAGGUCCUGAGCGCCAACACGGCCGCCAACGCUCGUAUCGAGGGCCUCAUCGACGACCUCGACUUCCGCACCGAGAUCACGCGCGCCGCCCUCGAGGCUCGCGCCGCGUCCCUGGUCCCGCACCUGUCGAGCGCCAUCCGGUCGGCCCUCGAGACGGCCUCGCUCGCCCUGUCCGACAUCGAGUCGGUCAUCCUCGUCGGCGGCUCGUCGCGUGUCCCGCUCGUGCAGGCCGCCGUCGCCGAGGCCGUCGGUGCCGACAAGAUCGCCAAGAACGUCAACGCAGACGAGGCCGGCGUCCUCGGCGCCGCCCUGUACGGCGCGAGCAGCGUUCCCGGGUUCCGCACCAAGGACAUUCGCGUCGUCGACGUGACGCCGUUCGCCGUCGACGUCGCCUACGAGGCGGAGAAGGGCUCGGCUGACGGCGAGCCGCGCAUCAUCACGACGCACCUGUUCCCGGCCCACACCAAGCUCCCGUCGCGCAAGACGCUCACCCUGCGCCGCACGACCGACUUCUCGCUCGACCUGUCGUACCCGAGCUCGUCGCUCCCCGCCGCACCGGCCGGCCACCUGUCGACCGUGCGCCUGACGGGCAUCACGAGCGCGUGCGCCAUCCUCACGAGCGAGCAGCUCGUCAACGCGACCGUCCAGGUCCCGCUCGAGCUCGACGCCAACGGCCUCGUCAAGGUCGGCAAGGCCGUCCUCACCCUGCGCGAGGACGACGCCGAGGCGGCCAAGAACGGCGACAAGAACGGCGUCGCCGACAAGCUCAAGGGCCUGUUCUCGCGCUUUGCGGGCAAGAACGGCACCGAGUCGGGCUCGACUGCCGGUGGUGCGGGCGCGUCGGCCGAGGGCGCCGGCGACGAGAGCGCCGAGGGCGUCGAGCACGACAAGGAGGCCAUGUCGGACGAGGACAAGGCCGAGCUUGACCGGCUCCUCGCCGAGGCGGCGCUGCCGCCGGCCAAGGUCACGCUCGGCAUCGAGAUCGUUCAGCCGCAGGAGGGCGGCAAGAGCAUGGCCAAGGAGGACCUCGUCGACGCCAAGAAGCGCCUCCGCGACGCCAAGUCGGCCCUGACGCGCAAGCUCGCCCGCGAGGAGGCGCGCAACGUCCUCGAGGCGUACGUCUACAAGGUCCGCGACCUCGUCGAGGGCGGCUCGCGCGAGAGCGACGCUUUUGUCGCCGCAUCGGUCCCGGCCGAGCGCGAGAAGGUGCGCGAGCUGCAGAGCCAGACGGCAGAGUGGCUGUGGGACGAGGGCGAGGCGGCAGAGACCAAGGCGCUCAAGGACAAGAAGCGCGAGCUCGAGAAACUCGUCAAGCACAUCCUGUCGCGCUCGACCGAGGCGCUCGCCCGUCCUGCGGCGCUCUCGUCGCUCCACUCGACCCUCUCGACCGCGACGACCUUCCUCUCGUCCGCGCGCGCCAACGCCACCGCGACGACCGCGUCGGACCCGGACGCGCCGCAGCGGUUCACGGCCGACGAGCUCGACAAGUUCGAGGGGCUCGUGCGCGAGUCGCAGACGUGGGUCUCGGACGUCGAGGCGCGCCAGCACAAGCUCAAGGCGCACGAGGACCCGGCCGUGCGCGUCGCCGAGGUCGACAAGAAGCUCAAGGAGGUCGAACGCGAGCUCGCCAAGCUCGAGAAGAAGAAGGUCCCGCGCAGGAGGAAGGCGGGCACCAAGGCCGAGACGGUCAAGCCUGAGCCGACCGCCGCCGGCAAGGAGCACAUGAAGGACGAGCUCUAGACGACGACGACGACGACGACGAAGCUCUUGACGUAGCACCAUCAUCUGCAGCAGCAUACCUCUCUCUCUUUCCUUUCCUUGCACACCAAACGUUCCGCUCCCUC